GAAAUGUUAGGAGGAGAGACAUGUGCAUUAGAAGGAGGGGAAAUAUAAGACAGACAGAGUGUUAGGAGAGAAGGCUUAGCCGCUACGUAGGAACGAAACAAAGUCCCUCUGUGCAAUUGCGAGUUCAUGUAGCAUUGACUUGUUGGGUUGUGGAGCAGCGGUGUAGGUGCAGGGUGGUUGCUGGCUUUAUUAUUGUUUUUGAAUCGAGUGGCAAAUAAUAGUAUUGUGUUCGGAUUUGAAGUGUUACACUAUCCGUAAAGUAUUAGUUGCUGACUCCGCGAAACGUACUCAUAAGUAAAAGGGACAAUGCAGCCGCUGUCAUGAUGCUCGCUCCCUCCAUAAGAUUGCAUCAAGGCUGUGAGGAGUUCUCGUACAGCCAGCAUGGUGCUUCACUGUGGCCAGGGACAUGCAUGCAGGUGUCGCGCUGUAGCACUGAUGCUAACCACAGCAAUUGUGGUUUUGGAGGUCUGCGGCACAGCUGAUGGUGAUGAUGUCAUCGUCGAUACGCUUGAGUACCAAUCCAACCAGGAGCAGAGAACUGCCAUACCAAACCCGCUGCUUCCGGUCAAACUCCAAGCGAUGACACCCUCGCUGGAUCAACUCCGAGACCCACAGGAUGAAAUGGAAAUCGGGUCUCCCAAACUGGUUCCCACCCGGACCAUGCGAGUGAGCUUCAAGCAUCUGGCCAUUGCUGAUGCCGAGGCUGUCGUCGUUCCGCUGGUCGUGAUGCCUACAGAUUACAGUGGCAACUCUGCUAACGUCUCGCUACCAACGAUAUUGUUUCAAUACUACCCUUUUCCUGAUCAACCCUCACUGCAAGGAGCACCUACCUGGGCUAGCAGUAACAUCAGCUGUGCGUCAGUCAGCACUCCUUGCAUGGGCCCUGCCGACGGCCUGGGAUCUCUUCUUCGUUCGGUGGUCUCACCUUCCGGCCGCGACCUGAUCCUGUUUGGUCUCCGACAGCACGGGAAUGGCGCCACCGCGGUGUAUGUGUGGAGAGACGGAAAGCUACACGGUACGGAAAUAAUUGCCGGUGAAGGUCUAUCAUCUGACAACAUUGUUCUCCAAGCUAGCGCCCUGGUGUCCCUGCCACCAGCUUCCUCGUCCAUUCCUAACGGCAACUUCACGGUUCUGGGAAUGUACAGCCCCGAAGUGGACGUGACGGAAAUGUGGCGACUCGACUUCUUCAAUGAUUCCAAGUCGGCGUUGUGGAGCGGCAUCACGGUCACCAGUCAGGAGAGACCUGCACGGUGCGAUAACAUUGAUUUGUACUAUGAUGAGCUGAGCCAGAAGGUGGUCCUGUUUGGUGGCGAAGGCGGCAACCUCACCACUGGGGGCAGCUGCGCGUUCUGGACGUUUGAUGUGCGCAAUGCCAACUGGACGCGCGGAAGUUUUGAGCGCGACUGCAGCAGCGCCCGGGUGGACACGGUGUUCUCUACGUUUUUCCAGGCGGAGAGCUUGCUGCUGGUGUUUGUGCGAGAGUCCCUGGCCAGUGCCGUAAUGGAAAUGAGCUACACAGUCUAUUUGAAGUUCCUGGGCAGCAGCUCGGCUUGGAUUGCCCUGUCGCCGACCCUGGGCGCGGGCAUGGUGCUUGGUGCUGACCAGGUGUACAUCCUAGCUGGCGAGAGUGCCGUGUACCUCGUCAGUAGUAACAGCCCCUACCUGUACGCGAUGCGCAAGAAUCCCCGGCUCUCGUCGUGGGCAGAGAGCGCCGUUGACUUUGUUCCGGUUCAGUGGUGCGACGAUGUCAGCGCGCCCUUCAGCUGGAGCAUCGGAUCUUUCAUUCAGCCCGAGAUCGAGUUCCAGGGCCCGUUUGGCGUGGGCUUUGCGGGACAAUCGUGGAACGUGUUGCUCGGCGGUGCUGUGUGGGAUAGCCGCUACACACCCUGGUCGCUGAGCAUGGUGCAUCGCAUCAGCAGCAGCCUAGAUGUUGAACACAUUCUGUACACCACUAGCAGCACUGUACUGCAGAUUCCGUUCACAAGGCAUGUCAUGAAUGGCAGUCCGGUGGGCCAGGACCGGGGACUGGGACGUGGCCGUCUCUACGUGCUGCUGCCCGAUAUAAUCGGAGACAGCUGCAACAUGGCAGUUCACGGUGGCUUGACGGUUGACAGGGACGGGCAGAUGUAUCACCUCGGUGCCUUAUCCAAUCUGUGGUGUUAUGAUUUGUGUAAAGUUACUUUUCUCCCAGCAGACUUUGAUCCCAGCCUGCAGCCUGCGCCGCGCUAUAGCCAUGCGGGUGUUGCGUUGAAUGCGACUUCUUUCGUGCUGUUCGGCGGCAAGCGCCCUGUGCACGAAAACUCGACGUUGGCCAUCGACGUGUUGAGUGAUGUGUGGCUGUUCUCGUUUGCCAAUCUAGCCGAUCGUGCGCACUGCAGAGGCACCUGGCAGAAUCUGUCCGCAGCGUAUGGUCAGCUGGAGAUGCUGCCGCUGUCGGCACCUGCGGUGGUGAAUGUAAUCGCGUCUGGAAAGCAACGGAUACUAGUGUUUGGCGGCCUACAACAGGCCAUCGGCCGUCUUGUGUCGGCUGAGUUCUUUGAGCUAUCAGUCGACGUGGCAAGCCAGGCAUACACGAUCCGUGAAGUCCGGCAGGAACAUUACACAUUGCCCGGGCGAGUUGGUCACACACUUCAGCAGUAUAGCAGUGAUUCGCUGCUGCUAAUCGGUGGCAAAGGCAGGGAUGACCCACGGAUGUCAAUGGCAUUUCUCCUCUACUUUUAUGUGAACAAGCAAGAUGUGUUUUGCAUAUCCCGCGCUGUAAAGCUCUUUGCUCACGAGCCAAUGAUAGGCCUGAGUGUUGCGUCUGUUACGAGUGGCUUGGUUCUCCUGGCGUCCUCAGUGAUUCAGAAGAGCACACACCGCCACAGCAGCAAGCAGGCAACAAGCAUCUUCUACCUGCCGUUCGGCCUCUGUCAGGCCGGCUACGCGCUCAACACGUCCAGCGGCCAGUGCACCGCGUGCCCUAGAGGAACGUGGGGCUCGAGGGGCACGGCUUGCAUCCAGUGCCCGAAAGCGACCACAACGCUCGGUCCGAGCAGCAUCUCGUCUAGUGACUGUACCGUGUGCACGCGAAGCAUUUGCAAUUGGCAUGGAAACUGCUCGGUGAUCGACAACAAGGCCAUAUGCAGGUGCCACUGGGGCUAUUACGAAAGGGACAACUGCUUUAUGCCCUACUAUUUCAUCGCUGGUGGAGGUCUUCUGUUUCUGUUUGCAAUUGCGGCUGGCGUGGCUGGCUAUGUCUCUAUGAAGAGGCGGCGAUCCCAGAAGGAGCUAAGCCGUGAGAAGCGUGCCUCGAAGAAGCGACUGUCCACGUUCAUGGCGGCCUGGAAAAUCGACUGGGAGCAGCUGCGACUGCGGCACGUCGUCGGAGAGGGUGCUUAUGGACAGGUCUGGCUGGCAGAACUGAGUGACACGCUUGUGGUGCUCAAGAAGCUGAAGCAGAGUUUGCAGCGUGAUGACCUCUGCAGCCGCGAGUUCCAGCGAGAAGUGGAAUUGAUGAAGCUUCACCGACAUCCAAACAUUGUGUUCUUCCUGGGAGCCGGCACUGACCCACGCAAUGAGCCAUUCCUAGUCAUGGAGUAUGCUAAGCGUGGAUCAUUGAAAGCCUUACUGCAAAACAGCGGUGUUACCAUCAGUCACACAGAUCGACUUCGCUUCAUGCUGGAUGCGGCUAAGGGUAUGGAGUAUUUGCACGGCCUGCAGCCACCAGUUGUACACCGUGACCUGAAGUGCUCCAAUCUGCUGGUGACCGAGCGCUGGGUAGUGAAAGUGGCUGAUUUCGGCACGGCACGCCUGAUGUCGCAUUUGAAUGAGAGCAGCCGCCAUCGCCGCCCUACAGACACAGGCAGAACCCAGCCAGUGAAUGAGACUGACCCUCUUCUUCUUCACCAGGACGAUUCACCUGUGACUUUCAACAAUGGCACGGACGCAUAUGUAUCACCGGAGAGAAUCCGCAAGGAGCUGUAUCAUACCAGCGCAGAUGUAUAUAGCUUCGGAAUUGUUCUCUGUGAAGCCUACAUGCGUGAAACGCCGUAUCGGAAGAAAAACUACAAGUUCUCGAACGAAUUGUAUAAGGACGUUCUUGAAGGAGGAAGGCCUGAUUUCCCCAAAGAUGAAGCGCCAGGCGACUACACCGCUUUGGUAACAGCCUGUUGGCAACAUGAUCCUGCCGAUCGCCUGAGCUUCCCGGAGAUCGUACGCAGUCUUGAUGUGCAGCUGAUAGCGUGGUAAACAGUGAUAUCACCCGUUAAGAGAGGGGCCAGGGCCUGGGGGGGGGGGGGGGGUUAUUUUACAAUACACGGACGGCCCAUCUGCCGCUAAACUUACUUUGUGUCUGGAACACACUAUCAACCAUGCAUGCCGGUAAUGCAGCCCUGCUGAUAUUAUAAGGCCUGCAGGCGGCAAUGCAGUUUUUAAAAGUGUCAUAAAUUACUUAGCUCUACUCCAGUUUGAUUUUCUGUGCAGGCCGCAGCUAUAUUUUACCGGGGCCGGAUAUUGAGCCUAUAAGAAUUUUUUACUUCAAUGAUCGCCGAAAUUUUUACUGGAGAUCUGAGCCUCGUCUUGACAUA